AUGGCCAACAAGAAAGUAAUUGCAGUGUUUGGAGCAACAGGAGCUCAGGGUGGCUCUGUGGCCAAGGCCAUUUUGGAGAGCAAAAAUUUUGCUGUGAGAGCAGUGACCAGGGAUGUGACUCAACCAAAGGCCGUGGUGCUCCGGGAUCUUGGUGCUGAAGUGAUAAAAGGUGACCUGAAUGAUGAAGCAUCAGUGGAAGCUGCUUUAAAAGGUGCCUAUGGGGCAUUUGUGGUGACCAACUUCUGGGAGCACCUCAGCAAAAAGAAAGAAGUGUGUCAGGGAAAGAUGGUGGCAGACGCUGCCAAGCGUCUGGGUCUGCAGCACGUGGUUUACAGCGGCUUGGAGAACGUCAAGAGACUGAGCGGCGGCAAGCUGGAGGUUCCACACUUUGAUGGGAAGGGAGAGGUGGAAGAGUAUUUCUGGGCCAUCGGCGUUCCCAUGACCAGCGUCCGCCUCGCCGCUUACUUCGAAAACUUUCUCUCAAUGUGGAAGCCGGUAAAAGCUGCUGAUGGAGAUUACUACUCCUUGGCACUGCCCAUGGCAGACAUACCAAUGGAUGGCAUCUCUGUUGCUGAUGUUGGACCAGUCGUCUCAAGCAUUUUCAGUUCUCCAGAGGAGCUUUUAGGCAAGGCUGUGGGUCUCAGUGCAGAAGCUCUAACCGUACAGCAGUAUGCUGAUGUUUUGUCCAAGAUCUUGGGGAAGAAAGUCCGAGACGCAAAGAUCACCCCAGAAGCUUAUGAGAAGCUGGGAUUCCCUGCAGCAGAGGAAAUAGCCAAUAUGUGUCGCUUCUACCAAACGAGACCAGAUCGCGAUGUCAAGCUCACCCAUCGACUGAACCCCAAAGUCAAAAGCUUCAGCCAGUUUAUCUCGGAGAACCAAGGAGCCUUGAAGGACAUGUAA